AUGGAUCGUCAGAAUCAAGAUCUUCAGAGUGCAGUAUCGCUAGAUGAUCUUCAAGCGAUCAAAGGCCUAUUACAAAAAAGUUCUGACGUAAACCAAUCAGAUAAAAACGGAAACACUCCAGUACACAUGGCCGCACAACGUGGCAAGGAAGAUAUCAUGGAGUUUCUCAUUGAACACGGUGGUGAUGUAGAAAAGGAGAAUGAAGAUGGACAGACAUCCUUACAUCUUGCUGCAUUAUAUGGUAACCUUGAAGCAACAAAAGUAAUACUUAGCCAUGGUGGAAAUGUGAACAAAGAGGACAACACAGGCUACAAUGCAUUACUCAAAAGCGUAAGGAAUGGUCACAAGGAUGUAGUGAGAUACUUCCUUAGUCAGGGCACCAGUAUUAAUAAGGUCAAUAGUAAAGGAUGGACACCCUUGUAUAUCGCUGCCGGUUAUGGCAGGAUUGACAUGUUGAAAUACUUGAUAAGUGAAGGAGCCGAUGUACAUUACACUCAGCAAAACAAUUUAUUGCCAUUGGCAAGCGCUUCAUCAUCUGGUCAUGCAGAAGUAGUGAAAUAUCUUGUAAGUCAAGGAGCUGAAGUGAAUAAAGGAGAGGGUGAUGGUUGGACUGCAUUACACAGUGCUGCACAGAAAGGUCACCUUGAAGUCAUCAGAUAUUUGAUCAGUAAAGGAGCUGAGGUGAAUAAGGUUGAUGAUAACGGUCGCAGUGCAUUGCGUGGUUCUGCUGUCAAUGGUCAUAUUGAGGUUACCAGAUAUUUGAUAAGUCAAGGAGCUGAGGUAAAUAAGGGAGAUAAUGCGGGCAUGACUCCAUUACACGUUGCUGCUCAAGAAGGUUAUAUGGAUACAUGUGAAUAUCUGAUUAGUCAAGGAGCUGAGGUGAAUAAGGGAGAUAAUGAGGGUUCGACUCCUUUAAAUGUUGCUGCUCAAGAAGGUUAUCUAGAUACAUGUGAAUAUCUGACUAGUCAAGGAGCUGAGGUGAACAAAGGAACGAAUGAUUGUGGGACAACAUUACACAGUGCUGCUCAGGAAGGUCAUCUUAAUAUCACCAGAUAUUUGAUAAGUCAAGGAGCUGAGGUGAAUACGGGAGAUAAUGAGGGCAUGACUCCAUUACACGUUGCUGCUCAAGAAGGUUAUAUGGAUACAUGUGAAUAUCUGAUUAGUCAAGGAGCUGAGGUGAAUAAGGGAGAUAAUGAGGGUUCGACUCCUUUAAAUGUUGCUGCUCUAAAAGGUCAUCUAGAUACAUGUGAAUAUCUGAUUAGUCAAGGAGCUGAGGUGAACAAAGGAACAAAUGAUGGUGGGACACCAUUACACAGUGCUGCUCAGGAAGGUCAUCUUAAUAUCACAAGAUAUUUGAUAAGUCAAGGAGCUGAGGUGAAUAAGGGAGAUAAUGAGGGCAUGACUCCAUUACACGUUGCUGCUCAAGAAGGUUAUAUGGAUACAUGUGAAUAUCUGAUUAGUCAAGGAGCUGAGGUGAAUAAGGGAGAUAAUGAGGGUUCGACUCCUUUAAAUGUUGCUGCUCAAGAAGGUCAUCUAGAUACAUGUGAAUAUCUGAUUAGUCAAGGAGCUGAGGUGAACAAAGGAACGAAUGAUGGUGGGACAACAUUACACAGUGCUGCUCAGGAAGGUCAUCUUAAUAUCACCAGAUAUUUGAUAAGUCAAGGAGCUGAGGUGAAUAAGGGAGAUAAUGAGGGCAUGACUCCAUUACACGUUGCUGCUCAAGAAGGUUAUAUGGAUACAUGUGAAUAUCUGAUUAGUCAAGGAGCUGAGGUGAAUAAGGGAGAUAAUGAGGGCAUGACUCCAUUACACGUUGCUGCUCAAGAAGGUUAUAUGGAUACAUGUGAAUAUCUGAUUAGUCAAGGAGCUGAGGUGAAUAAGGGAGAUAAUGAGGGUUCGACUCCUUUAAAUGUUGCCGCUGAAGAAGGUCAUCUGGAUGCAUGUGAAUAUCUGAUCAGUCAAGGCGCUGAGGUGAAUAAGGAAGAUAAUGAGGGUUCGACUCCAUUACACAGUGCUGCACAGGAAGGUCAUCUUAAUAUCACCAAAUAUCUGAUCAGUGAAGGAGCUGAGGUGAAUAAGGGAGAUGAUGAGGGCUGGACUCUUUUACAUGUUGCCGCUCAAGAAGGUCAUCUGGAUACAUGUGAAUAUCUGAUUAGUCAAGGAGCUGAGGUCAACAAAGGAACGAAUGAUGGUGGGACACCAUUACACAGUGCUGCUCAGGAAGGUCAUCUUAAUAUCACAAAAUUUCUGAUCAGUCAAGGAACUAAGGUGAAUAAGGGAGAUAAUGAGGGCAUGACUCCUUUACAUGUUGCUGCUCAAGAAGGUCAUCUGGAUUCAUGUGAAUAUCUGAUUAGUCAAGGAGCUGAGGUGAAUAAGGGAGAUAAUGAGGGCAUGACUCCAUUACACGUUGCUGCUCAAGAAGGUUAUAUUGAUACAUGUGAAUAUCUGAUUAGUCAAGGAGCUGAGGUGAAUAAGGGAGAUAAUGAGGGUUCGACUCCUUUAAAUGUUGCCGCUCAAGAAGGUCAUCUGGAUGCAUGUGAAUAUCUGGUCAGUCAAGGCGCUGAGGUGAAUAAGGAAGAUAAUGAGGGUUCGACUCCAUUACACAGUGCUGCUCAGGAAGGUCAUCUUAAUAUCACCAAAUAUCUGAUCAGUGAAGGAGCUGAGGUGAAUAAGGGAGAUGAUGUGGGCUGGACUCUUUUACAUGUUGCCGCUCAAGAAGGUCAUCUGGAUACAUGUGAAUAUCUGAUUAGUCAAGGAGCUGAGGUCAACAAAGGAAGGAAUGAUGGUGGGACAACAUUACACAGUGCUGCUCAGGAAGGUAAUCUUAAUAUCACCAGAUAUUUGAUAAGUCAAGGAGCUGAGGUGAAUAAGGGAGAUAAUGAGGGCAUGACUCCAUUACACGUUGCCGCUCAAGUAGGUUGUAUGGAUACAUGUGAAUAUCUGAUUAGUCAAGGAGCUGAGGUGAAUAAGGAAGAUAAUGAGGGUUCGACUCCAUUACACAGUGCUGCCCAGGAAGGUCAUCUUAAUAUCACCAAAUAUCUGAUCAGUGAAGGAGCUGAGGUGAAUAAGGGAGAUGAUGAGGGCUGGACUCCUUUACAUGUUGCCGCUCAAGAAGGUCAUCUGGAUACAUGUGAAUAUCUGAUCAGUCAAGGAGCCGAGGUGAACAAAGGAAAUAAUGAUGGUAUGACUGCAUUACACAGUGCUGCUAUGAGUGGUCAUCUUGAAGUCUUGAAAUAUCUUAUCAGUGAAGGAGCUGAAGUCAAUAAAGGAGAUGGUUAUGGUUUGAACCCUUUGCACUAUGCUGCUCAGGAGGGUCAUCUUGGUACCUGUGAUUAUCUGCUCAGUCAAGGAGCAGAGGUAAAAAACGGAAAUGAUGAUGGCUGGAAUUUAAUAAGUGCCUCUUCCGACGGUCAUACAUUCAUUGUCAAAUAUCUCAUUAGUCAAGGAGCAGAAGUCAAUGAGGAAGAUUCGAAGGACUGUACUUCUUUACACUAUGCUGCUAAAGGAGGUCAUCUUGGCACCUGCAAUUGUCUGCUCAGACAAGGAGCUGAGGUAAGAAAUGGAGAUGAUGACGGGUGGACUCUGUUUCGUUCUUCUUCCAAGGGUUAUACAUUCAUCGCUAAAUAUCUGAUCAGUCAAGGUGCUGAGGUUAAUAUGGGAGAUAUUGACGGUCGCACUCCAUUACAGGUUUGUGCUCAAGAAGGUCAUAUUGACACGUGCGCUUAUCUGAUCAGCCAAGGUGCUGAGGUGAAUAAAGGAAUGAAUGAUAGUUGGACUGCAUUACACAGUGCUGCUCAGAAAGGAAAUUUCGAAGUCACCAAAUAUCUGAUUAGUCAAGGAGCUCAGGUCAAUAGGGUUGAUGAUAAUGGUUACGGAGCAUUGCGUGGUUCUGCUAUCAAUGGUCAUAUUGAGGUCACCAAAUAUCUGAUCAGCCAAGGAGCUGAGGUCAAUAAGGGAGAUAAUGAGGGCUGUACCCCUUUACACGUUGCUGCUCAAGAAGGUCAUCUGGAUACAUGUGAAUAUCUGAUCAGUCAAGGAGCCGAGGUGAACAAAGGAAAUAAUGAUGGUAUGACUGCAUUACACAAUGCUACUAUUAGUGGUCAUCUUGAAGUCUUGAAAUUUCUUAUCAGUGAAGGAGCUGAAGUUAAUAAAGGAGACGGUGAUGGUUUGAACCCUUUGCAUUAUGCUGCUCAAGAUGGUCAUCUUGGUACCUGCGAUUAUCUGCUCAGUCAAGGAGCUGAGGUGAAAAACGGAGAUGAUGGUGGCUGGAAUAUAAUAAGUGCUGCUUCCGACGGUCAUAUGUUCAUUGUCAAAUAUCUUGUCAGUCACGGAGCAGAAGUCAAUGAGGAAGAUUCGAAGGACUGUACUUCUUUACACUAUGCUGCUAAAGGAGGUCAUCUUGGCACCUGCGAUUAUCUGCUCAGCCAAGGAGCUGAGGUAAAAGACGGAAAUAGUGACGGCUGGACUCUGUUUAGUGCUUCUGCCAACGGUAAUACAUUCAUCGCCAAAUAUCUGAUCAGUCAAGGUGCUGAGGUUAAUAAGGGGUACAGUGACGGCUGCAGUCCAUUACAGGUUGCUGCUCAAGAAGGUCAUAUUGACACGUGCGAAUAUCUGAUCAGUGAAGGAGCUGAGGUUGUCAAGGGAGAUGGCGAUGGUUGGACCCUCUGUAGUGCUGCUCUAAGCGGUCACCAAUUCAUCACCAAAUAUUUGAUCAAUCAAGGUGCUAAGAGGUCAUUUUGA